AUGGUUUCAAAAGCUGCAAGGGCAUACACAAUAGGUGAUUUUGAGUACUGGUGGAAAGAAAUUGAGAAUCGGAAGCCAGCUUGUGCGGUCUAUCUUAGAGAAAUUGGUUUGUCUCAUUGGACUCUUUUUCACUUCUCUAGAAAUCGGUACAAUGUAAUGAGUAGCAACAUCUUUGAGUCCCUGAACGAAGCAAUGGUUACGGCGGUGGAUUACCCUACUGUUUCGAUGGUAGAAUUCAUUAGGGCUAUGUUGAUGAGGUGGUUUUGGUGUAGGAGGACAAAAGCACGUAAAACGAAGACAAGAUGUACACCAGAAAUAGAGGACAUGUUGAUAGACCAUUUAGAAGAGUCGGUGGAUUGUGCUGUAUCAUCCGCCAGUGAUUGGAUAUAUCAAGAUAACGACGGAAUCGGUUGUGUGUUUACAGUGGAUUUGGAGAAUAAAACAUGUACCUGCAGGAUGUUUGACGUGCUCAAGAUUCCUUGUUGUCACGCUUUGGAAGCCUCACAAGUUCGGGGAGUUGAUAAGUACACGUUCGUUGAUGAAAGCUAUUUUGUAGGUCCGUGGACCAACAAGUACAAGGGUAUAAUUAUGCCAGUCCCUAAUGAGAAAGACACGGAUGUCACAGAAACAUGUACGGAGGUGGAUGUGAAUCCACCAAACACAAAAAGAGGUGGUGGAAGACCAUGUAAAAAAAAGAUACCAUCUCAGGGGGAAGGGCAUCACGGCAAGCAAAAAAGAGGAAAGCAGAAGAAAAUCCGCAAAUGUGGUAGAUGUUUCAAAGUUGGCCACAACAGGAAGACAUGCUCCACUCUUAUAUGA